AUGGAGAGGAUUGUGCCAUAUACGUCGCCUGGUUUUGAGAUACUAUUAAGGUGCCAAAACUACUUAAUGACAGUUAAUGAGGCUCGAGAAAGACUCACUGAGCUUUACCGAACCGACCAUUCAUUCGUAAACCAUGUAGACCCAAGCGGUAAAUCCUACAUUGAGGUUCUUUUGACAGCUCCAUGGCCAGGUAGUCAGGAAGACCAAUUCUGUCUACUCUUGCUUUUUAUGCGAGACUUCAAAAUGAAGCGAGGAACGAAGACCUCAAGUUUUCUUACUCAGUGCGCAGGAUGGAUAGGUGAAGGACGACAUCUAGACUUACUUGAAGCUCUCAUUGACCUUGAUUUGCGCGUUACUGAAAUCGAGAUUGAUUCCCGGAGUUGGCCAGAACCAUCUUCACCCAACUGGAUUUCUGAAGGCAGAACGCCUGAUCCUUUCUUUAUUGAUUAUAUCAAAACCCUCUGCUUGAAUAAUCAAGGGUUCGCUGAAAUGACGCCCCUUCACGAGGCUGUUCUAUUCGGUUCAUCGGAGACUUUUAACAAGGAGAUAUCCCGUUCUCAGAAAAAUGUGAAGAACUUUCUCGGACAAACGCCUGUUCAUCUUGCAGUCUGUGAUCCGUCACAUCUUAAAGCUCUACUACAGGCCGGCCAUGAUCCUGAUGCUCCUGACAACUACGGCAUGACUCCUCUCAUGUAUGCGGCAGCCAUGAAUGAAGAAGGGUCCUUGAUGAUACUCCUCGAUUCCACUAACAAGCUUAAUGCAUCAUGCAAACGAUUUCAGCGCAGCUUCAUGCAUUACGCUGCUGCCCAUGGACAUUGGAAACUUAUUCUCAUGUCUCUUUGCCGUAUAGAGACUAUUUUUGGGAAGAAGGUUGCAGAAAAGUGGGCAGAGGCUGCGACGAUUGAAUUUCAAGUUUCAAUCAUCGGUUAUAACGAUGGACGCGAUGUAUCUCUUCACGAGCUUUUGGCCAAAUGCGGCUCGCCUGAUUUCACGUUCGAUGAUGGGACAUGCGGCGUGCAGAACAACUGCCUCCUACACGAAGCCAAGACUGUGGCAGAUGUCGAGGCCAUUCUUUCUAGCGGAUCCAAGCUCAUAAACCAUACCAACACUGCUGGCCAGCAUCCCCUAAUAGCUGCUGCUAAAAGACACAAUCCCGAAAUGGUGAGAAAACUCCUGGACGCUGGAGCUGACGUUCGCUUGAGAGAUAACAAGCAUCGUACAUCACUCGACCACGCCCUCAAAGCACUGCAUAGGCCUUUUUUCGAUGUUGUCGAGACAAGCUUGGAUACUGUUCGCAUUUUACUUUCUGCUGGCGCGGAUGUUUCUUCAAGAGAUUGUUGUAGAUGCCCUUGCUCGCCGCAAGGAUGUCUUCCCACUUCAGUCUUGCCACAUUCGGUCACGGUCAUUAAUGCAGUUUUUUACACUAUUUUUCCAAUUUGGACAGCUGAAUGGCUUAACCUUGUGCACGAAUAUCGAAGCGCCGACGAAGCAAAGGCAAUUCUCUUGUCACUCCUUAGAAGACGGAAGCACGAGAAAUUGGGAAUGACACAUGUGUGCUGUCGACGGCAAGAUCAAAGGAAAUUUCUUCACUGCGAUCAAGUACGAGACGAUGAGAUCGACGGUAUAAUGGAGGAGGAAUCAGAGUUUAUCGAAUUGUUGGAGAGAGAAAUGGGCGAGAUCGCUGAAUACCAAUACGAGGCACUACUUGAGCUUUGGGUCCGCGAAAUGAAGGUUUCUUUCGAUGAGGUAUACAAGAAGCACGCCGAAAGAAAGCAAAAGUGGCCAAGCACAUAUGGUCCAAAGACAAAAUUUGAGGUAGACCACAAGAACGACCGUUUUAUUGAAGUGGUUUCACUGGGGAUAGGUAGAGACCCCACCGAAAAGCUGAAUUCAGCAAUUUCAGAAUACAUCACGUGGUUGGAAGGCGAGUAUAAGAGCGGGGAGGCCUCCCACCUAGAAGAAGACAGCCGAGAGGAUUGGUAUCUGAGAAGACAGUCUCUGCUCCAGAAGAUCAUCGACACAAUGCAAGUAUCAGUAGGGGAUCUAGUUGACGCAGUGCGCAAUCUAGCAGCGAGAAAUGAUUCUAAUGUUCGUAUUGACGUGGAAGGAGCUCUUUUAUUCUGA